AUGCUACCAAGAAAACAAUUAACUAUUCAAUUAGGAUCCAAAUCUCGUUAAACAUCUCCAUCUUCAUAAGGAUCUGAAACUCCUAAACAUAAGAAAUCUAAUUCUUAUAUGUAAUUUUCACCUAAAUUGGAUUGUAAUAAUGGAUUAUCAUUUGUAAAUGAAAUCAAAGAAGUUAAAAUUACAUCUCCUAGAACUGAAGAUCUUCAUUCACCAAAAUCAUAACCUCUUAAAUAAAUUAAAUAUUAGAACAUUUUAAAAGAUGAAUAAAUGAAAAAGAGUCAAUUUAGUAAAACAAAAAGUGAUGAUUUCAUUUGA